AUGGUUUCAGACCCUUUCAACGGCACAGUCUUCCUCUGUCUCACUGGAAUUGGUGCUCUGGGGAGCAGCUUAAUACUGGUGAGUUACAUGCAUAUGUUCCAAAGCACAGAGAAGAAACCUAUACACCUCAUUCUUGCUCACUUGGCACUUACAAAUAUCAUAAUGAUUCUUUCAAAAGGGAUGCCAAAGACAGUAGAGGCUUUUGAUUUUAGAAAUUACUUAAAUGACACCAGCUGUAAAGUUGUUGUUUACCUGGCAAGAGUAUCCCGAGACCUCUCCAUCUGCACCAGCAGUCUCCUCACUGUGGUCCAGGCCAUCAUCAUCAGUCCCAGACACUCUAUGUGGCAGAGGCUCAGCAUAAAGACCCCACAGCACAUUCUUUCUUCACUGCUCUGCCUGUGGAUACUCAAUUCCUUGAUCAGCAUGAACUUACCAUUUUAUAUUAGAAAUAUCAAUAGUGUAAAUGAAACACAAUUUAAGAAAGUCGGCAGCUAUUGCUAUUUUCUGCCUGAAAGCUGGAUAACAAGAUGGAUUUUUCUUACCCUCAUGGUCCUGAGAGAUACAGUGUUUCAAGGUGCUAUGGGAGUGGUCAGUGUCUACAUGCUAUUUUUUCUCCACAACCACCACCAGAAUGUUCUUUAUCUUUUCAACUCCAAGCUUUUCUACAGAACUCCCCCUGAGCUGAGAGCUGCCCAGAGUGUCCUCCUUCUGAUGAUGUGUUUCUUUUUCUUUUAUUGGGCAGAUUGUUUUAUUUCUUUAUACUUUACUUUCUCUAUAGAGAAUUAUUCCAUAAUACUAUAUGUUCCAGAGUUCCUAACUCUUGGCUAUGCAGUUCUCAUCCCCUUCAUGCUGAUUCAUAGAGAUGGGUAUCUGAUUAAAUGCUAUCACACUCAGUAA